UUAUGUCAAUCUGCAUUAUCUAUUAAUAGGUAACGGACAAAAGUUGAUAUCAUAAAUAUUGCUUUCAAGGUUUUCUCUGUUGCUUUGCUUUGAUUUCUCUGUAACUACUCAGAUUUCUUGUUUUCGAGUUUAAGGAUCAGAAUGGGGAAAGGUGGGAUUGAGAAUGUUGGUAAAGAGGGCCAUUUGUCUGGGAAUUCUUCUGAAGUUGGUGAAAUGUAUCCUGCAUGGGCUAAAGAAGUUGAUGAAUGUGUGGAGAUCUUUGGGACUGACAAGGUAUCUGGACUGAAUUCGAAGGAUGUGUCAGAGAUAAGGGGAGUUUAUGGUUUUAAUGAACUGGAGAAACAUGAAGGUACUUCUUUCUGGACUUUGAUUGUUGAUCAGUUUCAUGAUACCCUUGUUCGGAUUCUUUUACUUGCUGCUGUUGUUUCGUUUUUGCUUGCUUGGUUUGGUGAUGGGGGUAGUGAUUUUUCUGCGUUUGUUGAGCCUUUUGUGAUUUUCUUGAUUUUGAUUGUGAAUGCGAUUGUGGGAGUUUGGCAAGAAACGAAUGCGGAGAAAGCAUUAGAGGCAUUAAAGGAGAUUCAGUCCGAACUGACUACUGUGAUUCGAGAUGGGAUUAAAAUCCAUAACAUGCCUGUGAAGGAACUUGUUCCUGGAGAUGUAGUUGAACUUAGGGUUGGUGACAAAGUGCCUGCUGAUAUGAGGAUUUUGAAAUUGGUGAGUUCAACGUUGAGGGUUGAACAAGGAUCACUGACUGGUGAAAGUGAAGCUGUUAACAAGACAAUAAAGCCUGUUUGUGAGGAUUCGGAUAUUCAAGGCAAGAAGUGUAUGGUUUUUGCAGGGACUGUUGUGGUGACAGGAACAUCCAUUUGCCUAGUGACACAAAUUGGAAUGGGGACAGAAUUGGGGAAAGUUCAUGAACAGAUUUAUAACGCGGCACAGUGUGAGGAGGAUACACCAUUGAAGAAGAAGUUGAACGAAUUUGGAGAGGCAUUAACUAUGGUAAUUGGGAUCAUAUGUCUUUUGGUUUGGAUUAUAAAUGUGAAGUACUAUCUCACUUGGGAAUAUGUUGAUGGAAUGCCUAGAAAUUUCAAAUUCUCAUUUGAGAAGUGUACAUACUAUUUUGAAAUCGCAGUGGCAUUGGCUGUAGCUGCGAUUCCAGAAGGAUUGCCUGCAGUGAUAACGACUUGCUUGGCCCUUGGGACACGAAAAAUGGCGCAGAAGAAUGCACUUGUCCGGAAACUACCUAGUGUUGAGACAUUGGGAUGCACUACGGUUAUUUGCUCAGAUAAGACUGGCACUUUAACUACUAACCAAAUGGCAGUGUCGAGGCUUGUGGCCAUAGGGGGUAAAGGUGACGUGCUUAGGACAUUUAGGGUGGAUGGGACUACCUAUAAUCCUUUAGAUGGGAAAAUUCAUGACUGGCCAGUUGGGGCCAUGGAUGCUAAUCUUGAAAUGAUAGCGAAGAUUGCUGCUGUGUGUAAUGAUUCCAGUGUUUCAUUGUCAGAGAACAAGUUUGUUGUCAAUGGGAUGCCUACAGAGGCAGCUCUAAAGGUUCUGGUAGAAAAAAUGGGACAGCACUCAAAACCUGAUGAACAUGAAGCUCUGAGUCCUGGCGAUAUUCUAAGAUGCUGUUCACAGUGGGAAAAAACUGAACAUCGAAUUGCAACUCUGGAAUUUGACCGUGAAAGGAAAUCUAUGAGUGUAAUUGUAAUCUCCCAGUCAGGAAAGAGAUCAUUGCUGGUCAAGGGGGCAGUAGAGAAUCUAUUGGAAAGAAGUACAUCCAUACAGUUGCCAAAUGGUUCAGUAGCAAAAUUAAACACAAAAUCAAAGGCUGUUAUUUUGAACUCUCUCCAUGAUAUGUCAACAAAUGCCCUCCGUUGUUUAGGUUUUGCCUACAAGAGUGAACUCCAUGAGUUUGCAACUUACGAUGGAGAUGCAGAUCAUCCUAAUCAUGAGAUCUUACUCGAACCAUCUAACUAUAAAUCCAUUGAAAGUGAACUCACUUUUGUAGGCAUGGUCGGACUGAGGGAUCCCCCUCGUGAAGAAGUUCAUCAAGCAAUUAAGGACUGUAGAGAAGCGGGAAUUCGUGUUAUGGUUAUAACAGGAGAUAACAAGAGCACAGCUGAGGCUAUAUGUCGUGAGAUAGGUGUAUUUGGAGCUGAAGAAGACAUUAGGCUGAAAAGCUUGACAGGAAAGGAGUUUAUGCAACUUGAAAAUCCAAAAGCUCAUUUGGGACAAUGUGGCGGCCUUCUCUUCUCCAGAGCUGAGCCAAAGCAUAAACAAGAGAUUGUGCGACUGCUUAAAGAAGAUGGCGAGGUGGUUGCAAUGACUGGUGAUGGGGUAAAUGAUGCACCUGCCCUGAAACUUGCUGAUAUUGGUAUUGCUAUGGGCAUUACUGGUACAGAGGUUGCUAAGGAAGCUUCAGACAUGGUAUUGGCUGAUGAUAAUUUUACUACUAUAGUUGCUGCCAUUGGUGAAGGGAGAUCGAUAUACAACAACAUGAAGGCUUUUAUCAGGUAUAUGAUCUCUUCAAACAUUGGGGAAGUUGCUUCAAUAUUUCUCACGGCAGCCUUAGGGAUUCCAGAAGGCCUCAUCCCUGUUCAGCUCUUGUGGGUUAACCUUGUCACUGAUGGUCCUCCAGCAACAGCUUUAGGUUUUAACCCUCCUGAUAAAAUGCUGAUGAAGAAACCUCCUCGUCGCAGUGACGACUCUCUCAUUAAUGCGUGGACGCUGUUUCGUUAUCUGGUGAUUGGACUGUAUGUUGGAGUAGCCACUGUCGGUGUAUUCAUAACAUGGUACACACAUGAUUCUUUUUUGGGAAUUGACCUAAGCCGCGACGGUCACACCACAGUCACUUACUCUCAACUAGCCCACUGGGGAAAAUGCGCUUCCUGGAAUAACUUCACAGUUUCACCUUUCAAAGCCGGUGCACAAGUUUUCUCAUUCGAAAAUGAUCCUUGUGAAUAUUUCAAGGCUGGGAAAGUGAAAGCCACAACACUCUCACUCUCCGUUUUAGUAGCCAUUGAGAUGCUCAACUCUCUCAAUGCACUUUCUGAGGACACCAGCCUUCUGGCAAUGCCCCCUUGGGUCAAUCCAUGGCUCCUCGUGGCCAUGGCCGUCUCGUUUGGAUUGCAUGUCCUGAUUUUAUACAUACCGUUUCUCGCCCAUGUGUUCGGGACAGUGCCCCUAAGCCUCAAUGAGUGGAUCUUGGUCUUGGCCAUGGCUUUCCCAGUGAUACUAAUCGACGAAGUCCUGAAGUUUCUGGGAAGAAGAACCAAAUGGAUUUUCAGGACCAGCACAGAAGCAUCUGCAAAGCAGAAGUCUGAGUAAAACAGUAACCAGCAAGAGUUAAUAUGAAUAUUGUUGCCUAUUAAAAUCAGACAUUAGUAUCUAGAGCUUUUCAUGCACCUCUGAGUUCUGUAUAAUUAUUAUUAAUCUCUAAAGACCAGCCAAUCUUAUCUGCAUAUUACAUUAUCUUUC